AUGGUUCGAAAAUCCAAGGGAUUCAACUGGGGUGCAGCAGGUUUAUCAACUGCCUUAUUCACGGGGCCAAUGAUGCACGACAUCCUGACCAGAGCGAAGCCAGAUAGACGGGCAAAAUACAUGUGCAUGGAAGGGGCUGAUGCUUUGCCAAACGGAAACUACGGCACAUCCAUAAGGCUCUCAACAGCCAUGGAUCCAGCUAUGGGCGUUAUGCUUGCCUAUAUGAUGAAUGGAGAGCCACUCCGUCAAGAUCAUGGCUGGCCGCUCAGGGCAGUUAUCCCAGGGCACAUAGGGGGUAGGAGCGUGAAAUGGAUCACCAGGAUUAUAUUGACAGAAAAUCCAAGUGAUAACUGGUAUCACAUAUAUGAUAACAGAGUGCUGCCAACAAUGUGCUCCCCUGAAAUGGCAACCGAAGACGAUAGUUGGUGGCGUGAUGAACGCUAUGUGAUUCAACAUCUUAACGUCAAUUCGGCAAUUGCCUACCCACAACAUGACGAAGAAGUGGUAAUGUCCACAACGCCUACAUAUACCAUCAAAGGUUAUGCCUACGGGGGUGGUGGAAGACAGGUUUCAAGGAUAGAGGUUUCCUUGGACAGUGGUAAAACAUGGCGACUCUCGAAUAUAAAGUACGACGAAGACAAGUACAGGGCAACAAGUCAAUAUCUCUACGGUGGUCAACUUGACCUUUCCUGGAGAGAGACAUACUUCUGUUGGUGUUUUUGGUCACUGGAGGUGCAAACACAUGAGCUUGAGUCUGCAGACAGCAUUGUUGUCCGAGCCAUGGACGAAGCCUUGAAUAUCCAGCCACGAGAAAUGUACUGGUCUGUACUUGGUAUGAUGAAUAACCCCUGGUUCCGCAUCACUAUCUCCAAGGAGAACGGUGUAUUGAAAUUCAAACAUCCCACUCUGCCCGCCACUCAGCCUGGAGGCUGGAUGGAGCAAGUCAAGAAGGCAGGGGGUGACUUAACGGAUGGAAACUGGGGAGAGGCACCAAACGGUGCUGUUAAGCGUGUUGAGGUAGCUCCUGAGCCUGAGAUCAACAUGAAAAAGCCCGGGCUGAAGGUUAAUAUUACCUUGGAGGAGUUCAAGCAACAUAACAGCCGCGAGACCGACCCCUGGUUUGUGGUCGAAGGCGAAGUAUAUGAUGGUACUCCGUUCCUUGAGGGUCAUCCAGGAGGUGCCCAGAGUAUCAUUUCGACAGCGGCCACAGAUUGUACAGAUGAAUUCCUGGCUAUCCACAGUGAAUCAGCAAAGGCUAUGAUGCCGGAUUACCAUAUCGGAACACUUGAUCCUGCUGCGCUCCGUGAGCUGCAGAGCUCUCAGGGGGAAUCCAACAAGCCGCUUCCAGUUAUCCACGAGUGGGAAAAAGUGAAGUUGACAAAGAAAAAGGUCCUAUCACUUGACACAGCAUUGUUCACAUUUUCGUUUGCAGACACGUCAAAGGUUCUAGGGAUUGGUGUGGGCCAACAUAUCAUGUUGAAGGUCAAUACAAGGUCAAAUGAUCCUUCCAGUGGUGUCAUCAGGGCUAUUACUCCUUUAUCCGAUCCCUCAUUGAAAGGAAGCAUGGAACUUCUCAUCAAAAUAUACCGACCAGCUCCUGGCUUUGCUGGCGGGCAGCUUACUGUCCCCCUAGACAAGUUACCUAUCGGUGCAGAAGUGGACUAUAGGUUGUCCUCCCAUUGCAAAUUUGAAUAUCUCGGUCGAGGUAGGGUAAUGAUAGACGGCAAAGAGCGGAAUAUAUCCUCAUUCAACAUGAUCUGUGGCGGAAGUGGCAUCACACCAAUGUUCCAGGUUCUCCGAGCAGUCUUGCAGGAUGCAGAAGAUACAACAACUUGUACCCUUCUCGAUGGCAACCGCACCGAAGAUGAUAUUAUGUGUCGCUCAGAGCUGGCUUCAUUUGUAUCAUGCGAUACAAAGAACAAAUUGAAGGUUAUUCACACUUUGACCCAGGCAUCAGAGUCAUGGUGUGGAUAUCGUGGUAGGAUCUCGAAAGAUUUGAUAUCCAGACACAUCGCGCGCUCAAAUAACAGCAUGGUGCUUAUAUGUGGCCCUGCUUCUCUAGAGACGUCUGUGAAAAAGAUGCUUCUUGAACAGCAUUGGAAUGAAGAGGAUAUAUUCUUCUUCUAG